GUAGCAAAUUCAGUUAUAUUUCAAGCUCCACACUUUGGCUCCAUAUGCAAAUGAUUCCAUGUCCAGUGCACUCAAGAUUUUCAAAUACUUUAUUUGCAGUAUGUUAAGAACCUGGUGAAAUAAUUCCAACUUUCCCUCAACUUCCUUUCAUUACACUGUGCUUCAGUUAGACGCCCGAGUUGGACAGCACUUAUUUCUGGGUAAUGGCAAACUAAUGUACCUUUCCCUGGACUUCAGCUCAUUAGACCAUUCUUCCAUUAGACUGUGCUGAUUUCUUUAUACUUUCAACCUGUAUUCAAACUCCCACUGCAACAAUUUUAUGUGAAAUUUAGAGCUAACAGAUUGUAAAGUUAGGCUAUCCACUACUAUCUGAGAUGAUGUACAGUGUCCUUCCACCUGCUCUUGUUAACAAGGUCCUCAGAAAUUCAUACUUGAUCUUCCAUUCAUGUGUUUAAUCAGCAUUUGCCCUCAGACUGAAUCUUUCAUGUGCUGUGCUGGCAAAAUGAAACAAGGGCUUUAAAUUGUAUCAGUACUCUGUAAGCCAGGUUUUGUGGAAAGUUUAUGAAUGUCACUUUGUAAAUACAAUCAGCACCAUUUUGAAGAUUUUGUGUGGACACAUAACAUACGGAUCAACAGCUCGUAUGGAUCAAUGGUUUUUUUCUGGCAGAUCAUUAAAACAGUGCUCUUCUAGCGACAUCAUAAGGAUAUAUGCACACUGAGCUUCUGGCAAAACACAGCAAGAAGUGUUACCCCGUGAUUAACAUAUGGAUCGUGGGACACUAUAUCACCCACUGGGCCUUUGUGCGUGCCAUCAGUACCUGCUUGGGUAGCUGCCUGGGGCUUCCUGAAAGUUUCAGUGUCUCCUGGGUCACAAAGUGUGACAUGAAAUGGGAGGAGUUUAUGCCAAUCGUGAUGGCCAGAGCUGCCUUGCAUGGCCCCCCCAAAGCUCUGAUUGUUCAACUUGGAGAGAACGACCUGGGUCAAAGGAGCGGCAAGGACCUAGCCGUAAGCAUGAUGAAGGACUUUGAUAAGCUGGCUGCUUUGUUCCCAGGCCUGACCUUAAUCUGGUCUGAAAUGCUGGUGAGGCGGCAUUGGCAAGAUUUCUCCCGCCCGCGGGGAAUCAACAAGACCAGGAGAACUAUUAAUCGUAGGGUGGCAGAGAAGGCACAGCUCUUGAAUGGACGGGUGAUACGACACCCCAACAUUACUUACAAGCAGGAGGACUUGUUUCAUAAUGACGGCGUUCACCUUUCCGAUUUGGGAAAUGAUGUUUGGCUGGCUGAUCUCAUCAAGGGCAUUAAGGAUUGGUUGCAGGUGUGAGGGUGUUGGCAGCGAUCCUUUGGGGCUUGAGUGGCGGUUAGGCAUUGGGUAAGUCUUGUUUAUGGGAGGGGAGAUUGUAGUCUCCGCCUGCCCCUCCUUGUUAAGGGUAUCCUGUUAAAGGGAUCCGGGUGUGUGGUGCCUGUCCAAAGCCUGGGCGUGGGCUAGGGCCAUGCCACAACCCCUUCGGGGACCCUGGGGGUGCCACGAUUUUAUGUAUAUCAUAGGGCUCCCUCUACCGGUGGUUUAUUCUUAGGAGGCUCCCUGCAGAUGGGCAGGAGUCAGGAUAUAGUCUUCUUUCACCCAAUGCCUAAGACAAACCGCUCACGUGUGUAACCAAUAAAGUUGUGGCCCAUUUUAUCCCAUUGACCUAAA